AUGGCUCAACGCGCCCAGCAGAUUGCUGGCCACCUCAACUGGCCAAAGGGUAUGCUGGCUGGCCAGACCGCUAUCAUCACCGGAUCCGGCCAAGGCAUCGGCGCCGAAGCCGCGCGCCUCUUCGCCAACGAAGGCUGCAAAGUCGUAGUCUGCGACGUCGACUCCAAGAAGGCCGAGGGCGUCGCCGAGGCCAUCAACGCCGCCACGCCCGGACGCGCCAUCUCCGUGCCCGGCGACGUCACCGACCCCAAUUACAUCAACGUGCUGGUCAAGAAGGCGGCUGAGUUCGGCGGCAACAAGAUCCACUACAUUGUCAACAACGCCGGGUAUACGUGGGACGGCGUGAUCCACAAGAUCACCGACAAGCAGUGGGACACCAUCCUGGGCGUGCACAACACGGCGCCCUUCCGCCUGAUUCGUGCCGCUGCCCCGUGGUUCCGCGUCAAGGAUGGGGAGCCGCGCGCCAUUGUCAACGUCAGCAGCACGAGCGGCACGCACGGCAAUGCCGGGCAGGCGAACUACAGUCUGGCGAAGGCGGGUGUGGUGGGGCUGAGCAAGACGGUCGCGAAGGAGUGGGGUCCCCAGUUUGGCGUGCGCUGCAACACGGUCGCGUUUGGGCAUAUCGAUACCAGGUUGACGAGGGCGAAGGAGGCCGGCGCUUAUAUUACCACACCCGAGGGCCAGAGGGUUGCACUCGGCAUCCCGACCGCGCAGAUUGCGACUCGCAAGGGAGGCGAUGAGCAGCCUUACAAGGAUAUUCCGCUGGGUCGGCCGGGAAGCGCGACGGAGGCUGCCAGCUCGAUCCUGGCGCUGUGUAGCCCGUUGUUCUCCUAUGUCAGUGGGCAGACGUUGGAGGUCACGGGUGGCCGAGGAAUGUGA